AUGCCCCGUGCCUUCCUGGUCAGGAGUCGGCGUCCACAGCCACCCAACUGGGGCCACCUGCCUGACCAGCUUCGAGGAGAUGCCUAUGUUCCAGACUGCAGCAACCAGCAGGGCCCACCAGCACGCCAGUCUUCUGGCCUCCGGGACUCUUGGGCGGCGCCGAGGCAGGGCAGUCUGGCCUCCAGUCCCAGGGGCCCCGGGACGCUUGGCUGCCCACUCUGCCCCAAGGCCUUCCCUUUGCAGCGCAUGCUGACACGGCACCUCAAGUGCCACAGCCCUGCACGCCGCCAUGUGUGCCGCUGUUGUGGCAAAGGCUUUCACGAUGCCUUCGACCUCAAGCGUCACAUGAGGACUCACACUGGGAUCCGGCCGUUCCGCUGUGGAGCUUGCGGGAAAGCAUUUACACAGCGCUGCUCCCUUGAAGCUCAUCUCGCCAAGGUGCACGGGCAGCCGGCCAGCUAUGCUUACCGUGAGCGCCGUGAGAAGCUGCAUGUGUGUGAGGACUGUGGCUUCACCUGCUCGAGGCCCGACGCCUACGUGCAGCACCGUGCUCUACAUCGCGCUGCCUGA